AUGGCUGACAGACCUAAUCCACACGAAAGGCUCCCGAUUCGACCAUCUGUGCCGCAACGAAAUGAGACGCAGCUGCUGGCUCAUCGAACCGAAGCCAUCACCAGCAUCCCAGUGACUCCCGGAAUCUCCCAGGGAACAUAUGGUGUCGAGCGUCCCAACGGGUUUCCAACAUCGAGGAGACCUCAGCAGGAGAGACAAGACUACUUUCCUCGACGCGCAGCCCAUACGGUGCCGGCUCAGCCACCUGCCGUAUCGCCCUUGAACGAGAUAUCGCUGGCAGCACGACAAGGCGAUAUUGCUUUGAGCGGCAACAUUUUGUCCGUCACUUUUACCCUGCCUCAGCUGCUGCGUUAUCGGAAAGGAGGAGUUUGGGAAUUGGAACACAAGUACCAUUGCUCUACCCAUCUGGACUCGCUCUCUUACCUCUCUUCGCCCGAGAGCCCAUGGCAACACACGGUCAUCGCAUGGACGGGCGAGAUAUACAACGUAUCAGAUAACGCAUCUGUUUCGCACGAUAAGCUCCAGGAGUCGGUCCCGGCUUCGACAACUACCUCGCUUGGCGGACACGCCCAUGGAGACGAUGAUGUGGGAUCUGGAGAGACAUUCAUCUCCCACAAAAGCAAAGCAGUUCUCGAAGACAAGCUCUACAACGACCAGAUACGAACCGUACCCGUUUGGCUCGCCGACAAGAGCGACAUCACGGACUCUGGAAUCAAGCUGAAGAACCAGUCGAGAUGGAGGCGGUAUGCGGAACACGAUCUCUGCGCAUUGUUCCACUACAAGCAGCGGGCCCCAACAGACGGUCGUCAGGCGAUUUUACGAUGGGACGACUACCGCCGGAUGAACGAGAUAUUCGCGGAACGAGUCAGCGAAACCUACAAGCCAGGCGACAUCGUCGUCGUUCAUGACCAUUACCUGAUGCUCGUCCCAGAAAUUCUCCGGAAACGUCAUCCUGGAAUGCACAUCGUCUUCUUCCUGGAGUCCCCCUUUCCCACCAGCGAGCUGAUCCGCUGUCUGCAUCGACGAGAGGAGAUUUUGAAGGGAGUUCUUGCAUCCGAUCUAGUCUGCUUCCAGGCCUUCCACUAUUUGCAGCACUUUGCGAACUCGUGCUCCCGUAUCCUUCGGUAUAAUGCCACCAGUGAAUGGGUAGAGACCGAAGACAGCAAAGCACGAGUCUAUCUGACCGUACUUCCAUCCGGUAUCAACGUCUCCAAGAUUACAUCUCUGGCUUACUCCCCUUCGGUCGACAAGACAUACACCGAACUCCUCAAGCUGUACAAGGGAAAGAAGGUCAUCAUUGGCAGCGACCCAUUGAGCCGGUUUGGAGGCGUGGAGAAGAAGCUCCAGGGCUUCAAGCGCUUCCUCGAUAAGUAUCCGGAGUGGCGGCAUGAUGUUGUCCUGGUGCAGAUCACAAGUCCGGCGACCAUGGACGACGAUGACGGUGAUAACAUCAUCUAUGCCCGUCAGGUCAACGACUUGGCCAGCUCCAUCAACCAAGCCUACGGCUCUCUCGACUUUACCCCCGUCCAGAUACACAACCAGAGACUUUCCCAGGAGGAGUACUUCGCCGUGUUGCGUCUUGGAGAUGUGGCAGUGAAUACCUGUGUGCGAGAGGGAAUGAGCACGACGAGUCUAGAGUAUGUUGCGUGCCAGCGUGAUACUCAUGGACCGCUCAUCAUCUCCGAGUUCAGCGGAACGGCAAGCUAUUUAGAAGAGGCGAUCCGGAUCAACCCCUGGGACGUGGGUCAGGUGGCCGAUGAGAUUCAUCGCGCGUUGACCAUGUCGCCGAAAGAACGGAAUCAGAUGCACAAGGCCUUGUACCAGCGUGUCGUUCAAGGCAAUGUGCAGCUUUGCGUGAGCAGCAUGUUGAAGAGGCUAAUUGACGUGCUCAAGCUUGGUGAUAGCGGCAGCUACAAGAACGAAGGUUUGUCGAAACCAUAG